AUGUCGACCUCCCGAGUGAUGCCCGUCGGCAGCACUACCACGACCCACGAAUUCGACGCACUCGAUCCGGACUCGUACACGGCCCACCGCCUCAAACACGCCUCACCUGAACAUCUUCACCUCACUUCCCGCCGCUUCUUUAUUGGCCCAAUCCCCGAGGGCUGGCUCAACAGCCACAGAAAAGAGUGGUAUAGGCGAAGAUUACAGCUGAGCACAUAUUCUUCUCGGAGAGCGAGUUUCCGCGCCGCUACAGACCAAGACCCUCGGCAUCGUACGUUGACGGGCUUCGAAGGCCCUUCAACUGCUGCCAGGGUGACCUUCGGCUUCCCUCAACCUGAAGAUGCACUCGAUCAGAAUUCUAGCGCCGGUGAAACAACGGAUGUCGAACAGGAGGAACCGGAAGAAGAUGAAGAGCAAAUACAACCAAGAGAUAUAGAGCCAGUGUCUACAAACGAUGUGUCCCGUCUUUUAGGAAUCGACGGCGAGAAUGAAGAGGACGACAGAGUUCCCAAGUCUUUGCCAGUCCAGGCGGACACGGGGUUGGAUGGUACGAGUGAACGUCCAAUGCCACCUGCGAGGAGCACAAAGAGUGCCUUGAUGUCUCCGAAAGCCGAAUCCUACCAAACCGCCCAUGAAAACCCUUUCAGUGAUGCGAGAGCCACUACAUCUAUAAUCAGUCCAAGUGACACCCACCAUGAGGCGAGCAUUGGACGAAGCUUUAACAGACAGUCCCUGCAGCCAUCGGCAUCUACCCAAGACAACCUGGAAACGAACUCCAGGACUGCUCUACUCUCUGCCGAUACUACCAGACCGGCAGCAAAGUCACUGCAGCGCCAUGAGCCUGCCCCCGUGGAUGACGAUGAAACUUAUCGUCUGGGUCGGACGAGCACAGGUGUCAGAUUCAAGGUCACAGAAGGAGUCCAACGAGGUCAGCAGAAAGUGGUCAAGAGAGCAAUUCGUGUACAAGAUCAUGUUGCAAGCAGGCGAUUGAGACGCGAUGUUCUCCGAGAGGGCACGGUUGUCAAAAUGGAGCGCAUGUUGGUGAGAGUGGAUAUGACCCUGCAGCAAGUUCCGGAAGAGUUUGAUGAGAACGAGAGUAUCAAGGUCGAGACAAGACUGCUUGAAAAGUGGCGGGAGUUCAUGGUCGUGGCAAGAAAGAGCAAGAAACAGGACGUCGACGACUACAGACUUCAAAUCUACAAAACUCGAGUCAUUCCGGAGAUCGAUGACGAGUCGACCAAGAAGAAACCGAAGUACGAGAUCAGACUCGACCCCAAGACGACAAGAGUCAAUCUCUAUUCUUCCCUGGACAAGACCGUGGUCAUCUGGCAUCCGUACAGAAAGGGAACGAGAAUCAUGGUGAUGAAGCCACGUUCGCAGGCACACUCUGUGGAGUGGUAUACCUUUCUCCGAGAUGCUCUUGGCUGGGAACGGCCUUCCAGUCUUCAAGUCAAUGUUCCGGACCUUGAUGUGACUCUGCGACUGGAGAGGCCCUUUGAAGUGCUCGAGACAGCUGGAGCAGAUGCCGCGGACGAGGAGACGGCUCUGGCGCGGACGAUUGCUGCUGAGAAAGCCGUCGCCGGGAAGAUUAUCUCCGAAUGCAUCGCAAUGUUGGAACGCGACCCGGAGUGGUCGAAUGUCUUGGAAGUCUGGAGUGAAAGGGCCAAAAUGGGACUUGCGUGGAAGAGAUACGACCGGCUUGAAUGGGUGCACGGGGUCAACGAGCACAAGAUGUAUGGUUCCAUGGCAAUGGCUCGCUCUCACGAUCUGGAACUCCGACCCAAGCAGCACUACCCGACGUCAACGUAUGGCAGAAAGGGGAAACAUCACGAAGAGCCCCCUCCUAUCGAAGGGUUCUUGAUCCGAUUGACGUCCCAGAAAGGUAUUCACAGGAGGAUGGGAAAAGCUUUCUUCAAGCGGUUGUAUUUCUCAACGCACAAUCAAUUCUUGAUGUUCAAUCGGCCUGCGAAGACAACCCCGCCUCAUCCGCCUCGGCUUGCGACAACCAGCCAGGGUGAUGUCCCAUCUGCGCACGAGAUCGUGGAAAAGACGCCAAUGAUGUACGACAUCGAACCGUACAAGUUGAGCCAUGGCGAGGUUUCGUGGUUGUCUUCCGGGAACCGUAUGACUUUGCAGAGUCGUGACCGAGGCGCUCUGGAAGAAGCUCGGCGGAAUGUGGCGAAUAUCUUGGAGGCAGACGGAUACAUCAACAUGUGCAAUAUUCGUCACGUGCGCACCAUAAAAUGGGGCGCCUCACCCACAGACGAAGUCCUUGAGACUGGAUCAAGUUCAGAUGUCGAUUUUCACCAGGAUGUGGCUGACAGCAGGCAGGAGGAUGGAUCAACGCACGAGAUCGAUGACGAUCGAGUAUUUGAACUCGUUCUCGGGAACGGACUCGUCGUUCGGCUGCAAGCAUACUCGAAACACACACGCGACGAAUGGAUCCGCCGCCUGAAAGAAUUGGUGAAAUACUGGAAACUUCGCACGGCUGCCGAAAUGGACACCUUUAAAGCAAUAAGAAAGGCCAACCUCGAACAGCUCAACGUGGACGAAGAGAUGGAAGCCAUCAUCGGUCAAUUUGCGAAGAAAUGGGAAGUGAGCCGCAGCGAAGCCAGCCCGGAGCUCUACAACAUGUGCGCAAUAAGCAGUUGUCGCAGUGUGACAAUGUCUGGAUCGUUGUAUCUCAAAACACGCCGACGUGCUACUUUCCAUCGGUGCCAAGUUAUCCUUACUGGCGGCAGGUUGCUCAUUUUCCAGUCGGCUUUGCGAAAGAGAACCGGUGAGCAAGUCCGCUUCAUCCAUCAAGAGAAGCAGCAGGAUGUCGACUUGAAGGACUGCUACGUCUACAGUGGUCUGAUCGUGGACGACGAUCUGCUGUACCAAAACCGAACCUUUGAUGCGAACCAUCCGGGGCUGGCCAGUCUUCCCCGCGUGUACCUCGAAGACGGAUGGACGAGCGCCGACGUCGACGUCAUGACUUGUUUUGUAGUGUGGAUGAACAGAAGAAAGGGCUGGUUCAAGACCGCCACGACCGAGGGGACCGUCAGCGACGCGGACGACGAGGGACAGGGAAGCAGAACCCGUGGCCGUACCAGGGCAAAGCUUCGUAGAGUGGGCCAGCUCGGUGUACCGGGACGGGGGAUGGUCUUUAAGUGUCGCAGUCGCGCUGAGAGAGACCACUGGGUUCUGAAUAUUGCCAGCGAGAUCGAGCGGGUGAUUGAGCAUGAAGUGGAGGAGCUGGGCGAAGAAGGCGAAUUCAGAUUCGACAAGUGA